AUGAAAGAUCAGAGAAACAGCCUGACCACCCACCCCGACAACUGCCUGAGGCUGUCAUGCAGGCUGCAAACAUCACUGCCCACCGCAGACCACGGGAGCAGAAAGCCUGUUUCGUGUUCCUUGACACCUGGUAAUGCCCACCCUACGUGUGCACAGAUUCAGAAUGCUCAGGAUUCUCCUCUUCCUGCUGCAAUAUUGGGGCUGCCCAUCAUUUCAGAAACCCGCUUCUGUAGACUAAGAACAAAAGACCAACUGUCUUCUAGGUGUUAAUUGAAUACUGUGAGGCUAAAGUGCCCCAGCUCAUUUAGGGGAUGGGGACACAGCUUUCUGGUGGUGGCCUUUACAUCACCUCUACUAGGCUGGGUAGGGAGCAGACUAACUGGAGGCUCCUGUGAGCUCCUGGAAGCUAAGCGUCCUUCCCCUACAGCGCAACAGGAUCUGAACACGGGAGUUGACCAGGUCACUGCAGGCUCCUACCUGGGAGGCUUUGGGAAACUGCUUCCACAAGUCCUGGAGGGGCCGGGGGAACUCCAUGGUCCCUGGGCACCUAGAACUGACCUCCACUUGUCAGACUUGUCAUCCGUGCAGUGUCUGAGCCUGCGGAAGAGCCCGUUGGCUGCUCAGCCCUGA